UUGGGGAACGAACUCAGGUUGCUUGGGCUUCUAUUCCAUGACGUGACCAUGGCAGGGCUGCAGGAGCUGCGAUUUCCUGAGGAGAAGCCCCUGCUCCGAGGCCAGGAUGUUUCGGAGCUGGAUAACCCUGACACCUUCCUCUCAGUUGUGGACACAGACUGGAAAGAACAUGACACUGAGACGCCUUAUGGUCUUGUGCAUGUGGUGAUCCGGGGCUCUCCCAAAGGGAACCGUCCAGUCAUCCUCACCUAUCAUGAUGAGGGUCUCAACCACAAGGUGCGCUUCAAUACCUUCUUCAACUUUGAGGACAUGCAGGAGAUCACCAAAUACUUCGUGGUGUGCCAUGUGGAUGUCCCUGGGCAGCAGGUGGGAGUGUCACAGUUCCCUCAGGAGUACCGGUUCCCCUCCAUAGAACAGCUGUCUGCUAUGCUCCUGAGUGUGUUACAACACUUCGGGUUCAAGUACAUGAUUGGCAUUGGAGUGGGAGCCGGAGCCUACGUGUUGGACAAGUUUGCACUCAUCUUCCCUGACUUGGUUGAGGGGUUGAUGAACAUCGACUCCAACGGCAAAGGCUGGAUUGACUGGGCUGCCACCAAGCUCUCUGGCUUGACCAGCACUUUACCAGAUACUGUGCUCUCUCAUCUCUUCAGCCAGGAGGAGCUGGUGAACAGCACAGGGCUGGUGCAGAGCUACCAGCAGCAGAUUGCAAGCGUGGUGAACCAGGCCAACCUGCAGCUCUUCUGGAACAUGUACAACAGUCGUAGAGUUCUUCAUAUUAACCGGCCUGGGAUGGUGCCCAAUGCUAAGACGCUCCACUGCCCAGUGAUGCUGGUAGUCGGAGAUAAUGCGCCUUCUGAGGACAGGAUGGUUGAGUGUAACUCCAAACUGGACCCAACCACUACGACCUUCCUGAAUAUGGCAGAUUCUGGCGGUCUUCCUCAGGUGACACAGUCAGGGAAGCUGAUUGAGGCCUUCAAAUACUUCCUGCAAGGCAUGGGCUAUAUGCCCUCAGCCAGCAUGACCCGCCUUGUGCUCUCACAAACCUCAUCCCUCACCAGCACCAGUUCUGUGGAUAGCGGCCCCCCUCAGCCCUGUGCCCACUCAGACAGCAGUGAGGGGAUGGGCCAGGUCAACCACACCAUGGAGGUGUCCUGCUGA